AUGGCUGGCAUGUUGAAACUUCAGCCCCAUUGUACCGCCGCUACGGCGCUUCUCCAAACCGUCUACGCUGCUCCGCCGCCCGCCCCUACCGUCAACACCGCUGUACCGCUCGAUCUUACUGGUAACGCCGCUACAACGAAGUUUCGAACAAUUCGGAUCCGGGUUCUAAUGCGCCAUUACAAGGCUCAUGCGCUUUCCCAUGCCCACCAGUCCGCCACAGUAUCCCGUGUCAGGACGCCUGGAUCGAGGCUGGCAAGAAUCUUGGUUUAG